AUGCCUCGGCUGUCCGUGGGAGGUGGUGGUGCGGGGUCGUCAGCGAGGGCCUUGCGGCACCAGUGCCGCUUGUGCCCGUACGAGUCGAAGUGGCGAAGCAGCCUGGUGCAGCACGAGCGGGUGCACACGGGCGAGCGGCCGUUCCGGUGCCACCUCUGCAACCGCGGGUUCGUGCAUCGCUCGCACGUGGUGCGCCACCUGCGCACGCACACCGGCGAGCGACCCUUCCGGUGCCCGCUGUGCCCGGCCACGUUCACCCAGCGCAGCAAUGUCAAGGUGCACCUGCGCUCGCACGUCCCCACCACUGCGCACAGGUCGCCAAAAUCAGCCGUGUGA